UCACAUGAUAUACAUGUGACUGUGUGUACACUGUCUGGAGGAGCAAGCUGUCGUGAGGAGAGGAGGAGCAGCCAGCCAGUGUGACAGCCUGCAGCACUAGCCACCAGCUACAGAGGAGCUGACACUCAGGUCCCUGGAAAAUUGCUCUGUGAUGCUGAAGAAGAAGAAGAAGAGAACUGCAGGAGAGGCAGUGCUGCGGAAGGUUCCGUUCAAUGCAGGGGCUACGCCCGGCAGGAGGCGAGGGUCGCGGACGAACGCAACAGCAACCGGGGAGGUGCGGACAUCAGCGGAGGCGGGUGCAGCGGACGACGCGGUUCCGGGUCCUUCUAGCACCGGUGAGUUAAACAUUCCUUUACAUGUUUCAACCUGUAGUUCCUCAUCUUCUAGCAGCGUUUCGUCCGGCUCUCCGCGGCGACCGCGUAAAUUAGCUAGACUCAUCGCGCGGCGAAUGGCGAAGGAGGCGCAUAAGGCGUCCGCUCCUGCGCCGGUGGUCUCUCCCGACCCCCCCCGUUAUGGGGAGAUGGUACAUUGCGCCAACACUGCAGUUACACGGGGGGUUCGCAAGCGCAUGCGGGAAAAAAUCCGGAAGGGGAAGUAUGUAGACAUAUUCACCCUUACGGAGGAAAUGCGACAAGGCUUUGACGCAGCCAAGAAACCGGGUGGUAUUGGGGAAAAUGCGUUUCGCAAUUUUCACCAGUGGCUGCGGGGUUUUUUGGUUUUCACGGCUUGCUACACGGAAUCGCGGCCCUCGGAGUAUGCCAACUUGGUUAAAUAUUUGUUUUUGGUACACGAUAUGUACUUAAAAUCCAAGGGUUCCGCUUGGCGGGAUUACGACGAGAAGUUUCGUCGCAAUCAGGAUGGCAACCCCAUCCUGCCCGCGGGUUUUAAGGAUGUUGAGGUGUGGUUAGAGGUCACGCAGCAGGUCAAACCCACCCCGGACGACACGGCCAAGAAGCCCGGGGCGACCGGGGCGGCGGGUUCCCGCUUGACAGGGAAAGGCAGGUGCUUUGCCUACAACGACGGCAAGUUGUCGUUUUCGCCACUCAUGUAAGUUGUGCGGAGCAAGUCACCCGGCCAAGGAUUGCACCUCGGCAACAGGCGGGAAGCCCGCCGCUUCCACCGAGGCCGGGGGAAUUGGCAAGUAAGGCCUUCUCCCCGAUUCUAGUUCCCGAGUUGCAGCGCUGGCUUAGCUUGUACCCCGAUGAGGCGGCGGCAUCGUUUCUCUUGGGAGGGCUUUCGACACGGUUUUCGUUUGCCCAUUUCGGAUUCGGUGCACGUGGUGGCGCGCCAGAAUUUGAGAUCGGCUCGCGAAUUCCCGCAGGAGGUCCGGCGGAAAGUGGGCGGGGAGAUUGGCCUGGGGCGCAUGGCUGGGCCCUACGCCAUUCCCCCGCUGCCCUCCCUGUGCAUUUCCCCCGUGGGGGUGGUGCCCAAGAAGGCCGCGGGCAAGUUUCGUUUGAUACAGCACUUGUCGCACCCUCCGGGAUUGUCGGUCAACGACGCUAUUCCGGAGGACAAGUGCAGGGUACGUUAUCAGUCUUUUGAUGACGCGCUGCGCUUAGUGCGGGAUUGUGGGCCAGGGGGUCUGUUGGCAAAAUUGGACGUGGAGUCGGCCUUUCGGCUACUCCCGCUGCACCCAGAUUCCCUGCGGUUUCUGGGUUUCAAACUAGGGGGCGAAUUUUACGUGGAUCGGUGUCUCCCCAUGGGUUGCUCUGUCUCCUGCGCCUACUUUGAAUGCUUUAGCACAUUUUUGCACUGGUGCGUCCAGACCGCCUCCGGCCAACCGGGGGUGGCUCACUACCUGGACGAUUUUCUCUUUGUAGGGCCCGGGGACAGUUCGGUCUGUGGGGACAUUCUCUCGGUGGCCAGGUCGUUAUUCUGCGCUUUAGGGGUGCCUGUCGCGCCAGAUAAGUGCGAGGGCCCUUGCACUUGUCUUAGCUAUUUAGGUAUCGAAAUUGACACGGUGGGGGGUUGCUGUCGCUUGCCCGAGGAUAAGGUGCGGAAGCUGUUGGGUUUGAUUACGGACUGUUUAGGCAAACGUAGGGUCCGGCUUAAGCAGGUGCAGUCCUUGCUCGGUUCUCUCGAUUUUGCGUGCCGGAUUAUCCCCAUGGCUAGGAAUCAGGUUUGCUGUACGAGAAUGUGCGCUUGCAGGAGGGCCUGUUGCUCUGUAGGAUUGUGCGAUCCAAGACAGAUCAAACAGGUCGGGGUCGCUGGUUGUCUUUGGAGGCUCAGGAGGAACCGGGCGUUUGCCCGCUGCGGUUGACGCAAGAGUAUGUGCGGUUAAGACCUCUGGGGGGCAACCAGUUGCUGGUGCACGCGCAGUUUGACCCUCUGACAAAGUUUCAGUUUGCGUCUGUGUUCAAGAAAUGUUUAACGGCAUUGGGCUUGCAGGAGGCGGACUUUGGUACCCAUUCCUUUCGGAUUGGGGCGGCUACCCAUGCGGCGGCUGCAGGUUCAUCACCUGCGGCUAUUCGGGAUUUGGGUCGCUGGAAGUCGGCCUCCUAUAGGUCCUAUGUCCGCAUAGAUAAGUUAUAAGUGCGCCUGUUGCGCUAACCCAAAAACGUGUUUACUCGUCGGUUUUUGAACGCUUACCGUUCAGGAAUCGAGGGUGUGAAGUGAAUUUUUAAAAUUUUUCCUCCGAGGGGGCCUAAUUUCAAUUGGCUGUUCUCAAGGUCCACGGGAGGUUUUUUGAAUUUUUCUCCUUCACUUGGGUUCAAUUUGAUUAAGUUGUGUUUUCGUAUGAAGUAUGUUCAUAAGCUGAUGUUAGGAUAUUUUCUUUUGCAGCUGUCAUCAAUUUUGGAGACCACAUAUGGAUGGUUGGUCAUUCAUAUAUUUUUUGGGCGGAAAAACAUCCCAUGGCAGCUAGGGCGACGGAGAUUUUUGGGUCCAGGCAAUUGAGAUGGUUAGGUGUUAGGGGCAUGUUAUGGGGUGAUCUGUUGCGUGUCCUUUUUUCUCGGGAGCGCCGCUGGGGUCGCCCCAGUUGUAUCAUCAUUCAUUUGGGGGGUAAUGAUCUAGGGCGAGUUAAAGGCAUAGAUCUUAUUUUGUCGGUAAAGGCGGACUUAGUGGCGAUCCGUUGUCACUGGCCGGGGGUCUGCAUUGUUUGGUCGGAAAUGGUGCCCCGUUUCCAUUGGCGUGGUGCGGUGCGUUUCUCGGCGCUGGAGAAAGCACGCAAAAAGGUGAAUUCUACGGUGUCUCUUUUUGUCAAGGCCAUAGGCGGAGUGGCAAUCAAGCAUCCUCUGCUGGUGCUGCGGAACAGGCAGUUCUACAGAGACGAUGGGGUUCACCUUUCUCCGGAAGGAGUGCAGUUUUUUCUGGAGGAUAUUUUUGGUCUUUUUCGGUAGAGCUAGUUAGUUUCUUAUUUAGUUAUUGUUGUGGUUGCGGAUGGCGGUGGCGGUUUGUUAAACCUUGGUGGCGGGAAGUCGCGGCCAACCAGCUGUCACACAGGCAUAAGUGGUCAUUGUGGGGCUCCCUCUUUAGAAGGACGGCAGGUGUGUCCUUUUCUUGCGGUUGGACAUUUAGACGUUCCCCUGCGGGAACCGAACGUUUGCCAGAGAGAGAGGGGUAAGGCCAGCACAAUGCGGGUUAUGCGGGAAGGAGGCGGGGUAUGUGUACUCCCCUCCUUGGUUUGGUGGUUUUUCAUCUAGGUGACGGGUGCUGGUGUUUGGCAGCGAUUUUCUGUUUGCCAUCCUCCAAACUAAAUUUAAAUUUAAAUCUAUAUUCAAAAUCAAUUCCAAUUCGAUCACAAUUAUUAGUUUAAAGAGUUGGUCAGCGAUUAAUAAACAUCGUCUGACCUUUAACUCCAGCUACUGUGUCCGUGUCUUUAUUUCAGUGUGUUGUGUGGUUUAUUUAGUGAUAAGCUAGCUUAAAGAAAAGGUUUAUGGAAUCACAAUAAAGUUAUGAGCGGCUUAGAUAAGCUGAAGGCUGCAUAAGCCUGAGGCCAUAUAAGCGAUCAACUUUUUGUGAUUGGUUGUUAAAUGACUAAGCAGUUGCUAGGCAGAUCAGUUUUCCCGGUUGGUAUUUUACUAUUGGAUUAGAAGGUUGUGCAUCAAUAUUAAGAGGAGGGUCUUAGGGUAGUAUAUAGGUGGUGGCCAUUUUCCUAGACUUCCUCUUGCCAUUCAUUGUAUGCCCGCCCACCCUCCCAGAUUUCGGCUACGUUUUUGUUUUUGCUGUGGGCUAUUGAAAGCCAGAUUGGCGGGAAGUCGCUGCCAACCAGCUGUCACACAGGCAUAAGUGGUCAUUGUGGGGCUCCCUCUUUAGAAGGACGGCAGGUGUGUCCUUUUCUUGCGGUUGGACAUUUAGACGUUCCCCUGCGGGAACCGAACGUUUGCCAGAGAGAGAGGGGUAAGGCCAGCACAAUGCGGGUUAUGCGGGAAGGAGGCGGGGUAUGUGUACUCCGCUCCUUGGUUUGGUGGUUUUUCAUCUAGGUGACGGGUGCUGGUGUUUGGCAGCGAUUUUCUGUUUGCCAUCCUCCAAACUAAAUUUAAAUUUAAAUCUAUAUUCAAAAUCAAUUCCAAUUCGAUCACAAUUAUUAGUUUAAAGAGUUGGUCAGCGAUUAAUAAACAUUGUCUGACCUUUAACUCCA